UACAAUACAGAGCCAUACUCGAGGGAGGAUGUUCAUUUAUUCUAACAGCAACUUACAAACUUCAUAAGUGGCACGAACAGCAGAAGAGUAAAGAGUUUAAAACUGUUUGGACCACAUGCGAUAGCACAGGUGACACACACAAAAGACUUUCAUCAUACAAAAUAAACAUGUACGGAUCACUAGUAUUAUUCUCAUCUUUUCUGAUUUUGUUUUUUGGAGCGAAGCAAGGAGAUGGAUGUAACUGUUUUCCGGUUCACCCGCAACAACAAUUCUGUGACGCAGACUUUGUUAUCCGAGGGAGAAUAGUUGGAAAAAAGGACAGCUUCUCGCCGCUGAAUAACCAACUUGACAGUGGAGAUAACUAUAUUGAUUACAACGUUACCGUUGAAAGGAUCUUUAAGGGGCAUAGAUAUAUGAAGAUUCAAACGAACAUCGACAUAACAGCGGCAAAGGAAGAAAGAAGCUGUGCGGUUAAUGAUCUGAAUGUACGAGAUACGUAUCUGUUCGCAGGUAAGGGAAAGAAAGUGUUUCAGAUUAAGAGUUGCGACUGGGUGGUUAGAUACAAGAAACUGUCACGAAAACAGAGGCAAGGAGUUCGUCACAUGUACAAACAAUACUGCAAUUCCUGUAAUAUCAGCCCAUGUUAUGAUCAAACAUCGUGUAAUCAAGCAGACUCCAACACCUGCAUGUGGGAUCUAUCCAGCAUGAAGUACGGCGAUAUCGAUUGCGAGAGUAUCUACUCACGCUGUCUCCGUACCACCGAAGGCACAUGCAAAUGGCUCAAGUCUAAAGAGGUUCGCAACUGCCUGGCAGGGAGGAAACGUGCACGACUUUCGCGUAUGAUCAACCCAUAGAUAACAUUGGAAAUUAUAGACCAGCGUACCAUUUAAUUAAAUAAACAUUUGAAGGAAUAACGGAGCGUGUGUAUAAUCUAAAAUAGUUGCGAUAGAUGUAGAAUGAGGUUAUUGACAUACGCCAUUGAACACGAAAACGUUGUGGAGAAGAUACAGCAUGGAAGUCAAAUUUUCACAAGAUCUGUGAUUAUUUUUUUUACAUUAGAUUGUCUGUUAAAAAUCUAGUCAAAUUUAUUUGUGAUACAACUCAAUUAUUUUAUUAUACAAAUUCAAAUAAAAUGAGACUUCAAUUUUUAUAUUAACUGAAAUAAUUAUUAUAAAACAUAAAUAGUAUUAUUCCCUUUAACUAUUUCUAAAUAUAUGGAGUAUAUAUGUUGGGAAAUAUUUCUACAUUAGGUUUAAUAAACAAAAGAGAUUACAUUCAAAAAAAUUCCAAAUUUAAAACUGCCUGAUCAGAAUAUGAUUAUCCUCCAAAAUCAAUUAUUGUUCUAUUGUUUUUUUUGGUAGAGUUUUCCCUGAAAAUAAAAAUUGUAUAAAGCGAUUUUUUUUUUAGAACUGUUGAUCAGUAAAAAUUAAAACAAAAAUCUAUUCUAACUGUUUAUAUUAUUAAAUUAUGAAUAUCAUUUUGCAUUAAUUUUCUGAACAUGCUUUUAGUCUAGAGGUUAUUUUUUACUUCAUUACUAUAAUUUCAAAUUAGAUAUUAGACUAUUAAUUGCAAAGGUUUAAGUUAGAAUGUUAGGCUUUGUUAAGUGCAAUCUAUUAACUAUUGAUUUUGCUUCACUUAUUUUUCUGAGAACUAAUUAUUUCAUCUAUCACCUGUAAAAAAACUCCUGAAAAUUAUUUUUCUACCUUAACAUUCCUUUUUCAUUUCUUUAUAAAUUUCUUCUUAAGAAUUACAUUAUGUAACAGGUGAUUUCAGGUGAAAAUUAUGCAAAUGUUUCUUAUGUAAAAUAUGUAUAUACAUUUUUUGCUUUAUUUGUGAAAUAAAAGAAAUUAUGAUAAACUACAUUAGCCCA